AAAAUUAUUUUGAGAGUUUUGAAAUACCAAACACCCUCUUAACCCUAAACUCACAACACUUGCACUGCCUUUUCCUUCUAUACUCGAUCUUCUUUCUUCAAAUCGUCGUCUUCGUCUUUGUCUCUUCAAACAAACAAUUUUUUAGAGAUGGUGAAGGUUCGGAUGAACACGGCGGACGUGGCCGCCGAAGUCAAGUGCUUGCGUCAAUUAAUCGGGAUGCGUUGUUCUAAUGUCUAUGACCUUUCUCCUAAGACAUAUGUUUUCAAAUUGAUGAACAGCAGUGGAAUUACUGAAUCCGGAGAGAGUGAGAAGGUUUUGUUGCUGAUGGAAAGCGGUGUACGUUUGCAUACCACUGCAUACCUUAGGGAUAAAAGUAACACUCCUUCUGGCUUCACUCUCAAAUUGCGAAAACACAUCAGAACUAGAAGGCUUGAGGAUGUACGCCAGCUUGGAUAUGAUCGGAUAAUUCUCUUUCAAUUUGGGGUUGGUGCUAAUGCUUACUAUAUUAUAUUGGAGCUAUAUGCACAAGGGAACAUACUCCUCACUGAUUCCGAAUUCAUGGUUUUGACUCUUCUGCGUUCACACAGGGAUGAUGAUAAAGGAUAUGCAAUCAUGGCACGUCAUCAUUAUCCAGUUGAAAUCUGUAGAGUCUUUGAGCGGACAGAUGGUGCAAAGUUACAGGCAACUCUUACAUCUUUUAACAAUCAAGAAAGUAAUGAUCAGGUGGAAGGUGGUGCAGGUGAAAAAGACGAACCUGCACCACAAAAGAAGGGUAACCGAAAGGCUGGGAAGUCAAAUGAUUCUAGUAAAAAGAAGGAUGGGGCCCAAGCUAAACAGGCUACAUUGAAGGUUGUUCUUGGGGAUGCUUUGGGCUAUGGUCCAGCACUAUCAGAACAUAUUAUAUUAGAUGCUGGUUUAACUCCAAACUUGAAAGUUUCAAAGGAUUUGAAAUUAGAUGAUGGUAGUAUUCAGGCUCUUUCUGAAGGUGUUAAGAGGUUUGAAGAUUGGCUGGAGGAUGUUAUAUCAGGUACUAAAGUUCCAGAAGGUUACAUCUUAAUGCAACAGAAGAAAAUGGUGAAGGAUCAACCCCCUGUUGAUUCAUCUGCCACUGAUCAGAUUUAUGAUGAGUUUUGCCCGUUGUUAUUAAAUCAAUUUAAGUCAAGGGUGUCUGUAAGCUUUGAGACAUUUGAUGCUGCAUUGGAUGAAUUCUAUAGUAAAAUUGAAAGCCAACGAGCUGAACAACAACAGCAAGCAAAAGAGAGUUCUGCAAUGCAGAAACUUACAAAGAUUAAAAAUGAUCAGGAAAACCGUGUGCAAGUUUUGAAGAAAGAAGUGGAUCGAUCUGUUACAAUGGCAGAACUUAUAGAAUACAAUUUGGAAGAUGUGGAUGCUGCUAUUUUGGCUGUUAGAGUAGCUCUUGCAAAUGGUAUGAAUUGGGAUGAUUUAACUCGAAUGGUGAAAGAAGAGAAGAAAUCUGGAAACCCUGUUGCGGGAAUUAUUGAUAAGUUACAUCUUGAAAGAAAUUCCAUGAGUUUGUUAUUGAGUAAUAAUCUUGAUGAAAUGGAUGAUGAUGAAAUAACUCAACCCGUUGAAAAGGUGGAAAUUGAUAUAGCACUUUCUGCACAUGCAAAUGCUCGAAGGUGGUAUGAGCAAAAGAAGAAACAGGAGAGUAAACAAGAAAAGACACUUACAGCUCAUGCAAAGGCUUUUAAGGCUGCUGAAAAGAAGACACGUCAGCAACUUUCUCAGGAAAAAUCUGUUGCAGCAAUUUCACAUAUACGAAAAGUGCACUGGUUUGAAAAGUUCAAUUGGUUCAUAAGCAGUGAGAAUUAUUUGAUUAUUAGUGGACGUGAUGCUCAACAAAAUGAAAUGAUAGUCAAACGUUACAUGUCAAAAGGAGAUUUGUAUGUCCAUGCAGAACUACAUGGAGCUUCUAGUACUGUGAUUAAAAAUCACAAACCUGAUAACCCUGUACCCCCUCUCACAAUAAAUCAAGCAGGAUCUUUCACAGUCUGCCAUAGUCAAGCAUGGAACUCAAAGAUUGUUACUAGUGCAUGGUGGGUAUACCCUCACCAGGUCAGCAAAACAGCUCCUACUGGUGAAUAUCUUACAGUUGGUAGUUUCAUGAUUAGAGGGAAGAAAAACUUUCUUCCACCUCACCCUUUAAUCAUGGGAUUUGGCAUUCUAUUCCGGUUGGAUGAAACCUCACUGGGGUCUCAUCUGAAUGAGAGAAGAGUAAGGGGUGAAGAGGACGGAAUCAAUGAUUCCGAAGACAGUGAGCCUUUCAAAGAGUUAUCCGAUUCCGGUUCCGAGAAUGAAGCACCCGAUUCGGAAUAUCCUGUGAACGUUUCCGAUUUACCAACAGAUAACCAAAAAAUGACGGAGUUACCCUCGGAAGCCAGUUCCGUUCCUGAAAUUACCACCUCUGAUAUCAAUACUACCAAUUCCCAAGAAAUUUCUGUUCCUACUGUGUCCCCUGAACUUGAGGAUCUUCUUGAUAAAGCUCUGGAGCUUAAAUCUGGUGCCACGUCAGCGAAAAAGUACGGGCUUCAAGCUUUAGAAAUGGAGCCUGAAAAUAGUAAUCAAGAAGAGAAAAAAGGAACACUGAGGGAAAAAGCGUAUGUUUCAAAAGCUGAAAGAAGAAAGCUGAAGAAAGGUCAAACACAUAGUGAAGGUGAAGAUGGUGGUCAAGUAAAAAAAGAAGUGGAAAAGAAAAAGGAAAUUGUAAAUCCUCCACAGAAAGAGAAAGAUGUUCAGAAUGUAAAUGGUGGUGGGAAAGUGAGCCGAGGGCAAAAGGGUAAACUUAAAAAGAUGAAAGAAAAAUACGCGGAUCAAGAUGAAGAAGAAAGAAAAAUCCGUAUGGCUUUACUUGCGUCUGCUGGAAAAGCUAAAGUGAAUGAACAAGAGGCACAAACCGAAGAAGAGAUAAAUACAACUACAAGCAAAGAGUUGAAACCUUUAGACGCAGGGAAUGAAGAUGCUCCAAAAAGAUGUUAUAAGUGUAAAAAAGUAGGACACCUGGCUAAAGACUGUAAGGAACAUUCAGAUGCAGUUGCUGCUGCAAAUGGUAGGAAUGGAGAAAAUGAGACACUCAAUGAAGCUGAGAAAAUUGCAAUGGAAGAAGAUGAUAUAAAGGAGAUUGGUGAAGAUGAAAAAGAGAAACUAACAGAUGUUGAUUAUCUCACAGGGAUUCCUUUACCGAAUGACAUUCUUUUGUAUGCUGUUCCUGUUUGUGCUCCUUAUGCGGCUUUACAGUCAUACAAAUAUCGUGUCAAGAUUAUCCCUGGAACAGCAAAGAAAGGAAAAGCUGCGAAAAUGGCGAUGAAUUUGUUUGGUCAUAUGCCGGAAGCGUCUCAAAGGGAGAAAGAGUUGAUGAAGGCGUGCACGGAUCCCGAGCUUGUGGCUGCUAUUAUUGGGAAUGUUAAAGUUUCUGCUGCGGGGCUUAAUCAACUGAAGCAGAAGCAAAAGAAAGGAAAGAAAGCUGCUAGCAAGCAAAAUUAAGUUUUGUUUUUGUUUCUUUUUGAUCAUAUAUUGCUGUAAAUGUGAAAGUAGAGUGUAAAGAAAGAUGUGAAAGUAGUUUUGGGCAGAUGAUAACGUUUCAAAUUGUUUUGAAUGAGCGAUCUUUUCUAGAUUACAA